AUGAUCCAUCACGAUAUCUUCGCCGGCAUAGCGUCCCCAGUAUCCGGUCUUGAUGGGCUCCCAGCUCAUUUAAAGAAGGUGAACGGACGUGUAUAUGAAACCCAAUUGUUUCCUCUCAAACGAAUCCAGAUGGAGUAUUCAACGGACGAUGUCACAGCGACCAGAACUCUGCAGCUCUUGGCGUACCUAUACACGUCGAUGGCGACAUUCUGGACUUAUGACUAUAUUUGUUCCCUUCACGAAGAGUGGACAUUCCUACUUCGGUCGCGCUGGACCAAAGUAAAAGCCCUGUAUAUCACUGCACGGUAUGUCCCCUUUUUAAUCACCACCAUGAACUUAUAUUUGAUCCUGGCCCCGAACGAGAAUACCAAUAAUUGCCAGAUACCGAUCAAUCUUAUCACAUCCUUGAGUCUGAUUUCACUCACUUGCUCUGAAUGCCUUUUUGUCCUUAGAACGUAUACGCUCUGGAACAAAAAUAGAAUUCUACUCGUAGCCAUGCUGUUCACCCUUUUUGCUAUCACCGUACCAUCCUUCAUUAUUGGGUUUACUGCUACUGCGACCUCUUCUUCUACAGCUAGUGCGAUCCCAAGCUGCGACCGGAGCUCGGGCAGUUUCUCAUUCCUCAUACCGUUUAUUCUCUUGCUUGUAUUCCAACUGGUACUGAUAUCCCUCACACUCGUGCGUGUUAUGCAGCGUUGGCGGUCGGCCAAGGGCCCUCUGUAUGCCAUCCUAGUGAAGCAUAACAUAUUCUACUAUGCAUGUGGUCUGCUUCUCUCGGUCGCGAACGUCGUUAUGCCAGUGUUGCCGCUUUCUGAUUCCAUAUCCUACUUCCUCCCUAAAGGUUUUGAGGUCUUUAUCCUUGCGAUUCUCGCUACGCGCAUGCACCUCCAUCUCUGGAAUAUGGGCCAGCACGUGCGCGACUCUGACAUCGCCGUGUGUAUAUCUAUGUCGGACAUGUCACCUGCAGACUGUACGGUGUAA